CUGUAGCGUCCCUCAUUGCACAAAUAAUAAGCAGCGACAACCAUAUUUGAGUUUUCAUGCUUUUCCAAGCGACGACUGUCAGACAAAGAAGUGGAUGCAUGCUAUUCGACGCGUAGAAGGCCCAAUGUUUAAGAUCCUUAGAGGCAGCACAUUUGUUUGUAGCCGGCACUUUACCGACGCUAAUUACACUGCCGCUACUGGUCGUAAGCACCUCAGAAAAGGGGCUGUCCCGUCCCGAUUUAAGUGGAACAACUUGGGAGAAACUUCACGAGAGUCGGUUUACAAAAGAAUUCGAGUUCAAACCAUAGAAACCUUUCCUAUCCCUUCCUCUGACGACACCCAAGACGACGAAAUCGAUAGUGAGGUAACAGCUGGAGCAGACCAUGACUAUGCAGUCAUUCCUCUUCCAGGUGCACAGGAUGCAGCAGCUGCACGAAUACAGGAUUUGGAAGCUGAAGUCAGAAAACUGGAAAGUGAGGUCAUGCAGCUGAGAAUGGGCCACUCUCUGUCCCAGUUUCAGAGAUUCUGUGCUUCAGAUGAAGACAUACGUUUUUACACCAGGUUUCCAUCUGAAGAGGUCUUCCAAGCAUUCUGGAAGGCUAUUGAGCCCUCAGCAUCCUUGCUAGUUUACUGGUCUAAUGCCCUGAAGAAAGGACAGGCAACUGCUGCGGAAGCUUCUCACAGUCAUCACCGCAGCUUGCCACUGAUUGAUGAGUUUUUUUUGUACUGCUGUCGUGUUGCUGCAGGAUUGAAGGAGAAAGUGUUGGCUGACAUUUUCAAAGUAAGUGUCUCCACUGUUAGCCGCAUCAUCAUAACUUGGGCUAGCUAUCUUUACCUUGUCCUUGGAUCAUUGCCCAUAUGGAUGAGCAGAGAGCAAGUGAUUUCCACCAUGCCAGACAAAUUUAGGCAGUUUUGUCCAGAGGUGAGGGUCAUAAUUGACUGCACAGAGAUAAGAUGCCAGAAUCCAUCUUCACUCACGCUCCAGUCUGAGGUGUUCUCUUCAUAUAAAAACACCACUACCUUCAAGGGGUUGAUCGGUAUUGCUCCUUGCGGAGCAGUUACUUUUGUAUCCAGCCUGUACACAGGUUCCAUCUCCGAUCAAGAGUUGACCGAAACAGUCAGGGAUUCUUGA